AUAAAUAAAAUGAAACAAACAGGGACUGUGCUCUGUAGGCCGAUUGGAACUCAGAGGAGCGCAGAUUGAAGACGAUGAAACGGUACUUCCAACCAGUGGCGAAGGACGGGUCGGCCAAGAAGCCAACACUUUCGCCUCCGUCGAGGAAAGACGGCGACGGCGACGGCGAGAAUGAAGAAACUUUAGGAGAUGCUACGAAGAAAGAGCCGCUCAAGUUCAUGACUUGGAACGCCAACAGUUUUCUCCUUCGCGUCAAGAACGACUGGCCUGAGUUCACCAGCUUCGUCACUCGGUUUGAUCCUGAUAUCAUUGCUAUACAGGAAGUGAGGAUGCCUGCUGCUGGUUCAAAAGGUGCACCUAAAAACCCAGGAGAGUUGAAAGAUGAUACUAGCUCAUCACGCGAAGAGAAACAGAUAAUGAUGCGUGCCUUGUCCUCCCCACCAUUCAGAAACUAUCGUGUUUGGUGGUCUCUUUCGGAUUCAAAGUAUGCAGGAACUGCAUUGGUUGUAAAGAAAUGCUUCCAACCGAAAACGGUUUUCUUCAAUCUUGACAAAAAGGCUUCAAAGCAUGAAACAGAUGGGCGGGUUAUCUUAGCUGAAUUUGAGACGUUCCGUUUCUUAAAUACGUAUGCACCAAACAAUGGUUGGAAAGAGGAGGAGAACUCGUUCCCAAGGAGAAGAAAAUGGGAUAAGAGGAUGCUAGAGUUUGUUACACAGUCUGCAGAUAAGCCUCUUAUAUGGUGCGGUGAUCUAAAUGUAAGCCAUGAAGAGAUUGAUGUGAGCCAUCCGGAAUUCUUUAGUGCAGCUAAGCUUAAUGGUUAUGUUCCUCCAAAUAAAGAGGAUUGUGGACAGCCCGGAUUUACCCUGGCUGAGAGAAAGCGGUUUGCUAACAUAUUGAAAGAAGGAAAGCUAAUAGACGCAUAUAGAUUCCUGCACAAAGAGAAAGACAUGGAAAGUGGAUUUUCAUGGUCUGGACACCCCAUUGGAAAGUAUCGAGGCAAAAGGAUGAGAAUAGACUAUUUCCUUGUCUCGGAGAAACUCAAAGACAGGAUUCUUGAAUGCAAGAUGCAUGGACAAGGGAUCGAAUUACAAGGUUUUUAUGGAAGUGAUCAUUGCCCAGUGACCCUCAUUCUUUCAGAAUUAAGCUCCACAAACUCAAAAGAAAGUGAAGUCUCCACGUAAACAUCGUUACAUCCCUGUUAAUUGCUAUCAGAAUGCCAUUUUUAUUCUCUCUCCUAUUGGGAUACGAGACAGACCUUUUAAAGUAGUUGUUGUGAUGAAUGGUCUUUUGAUUUAGUUGACAUUGUCUAAUUAGCUGGAACUUGGUCCACAAUUUGCCUCUUUGCAUGGGAACCUAAUACAUGUUUGGAUAAUGUAUGGACAUAAUUUAAGAUCCUGAACAGCAAGAGUGGGAAACAAAAGAAAUGUUCCGUGCUCUCCACGGUCAGUUUGCGGAAUUUAAAUGCGAUUCACCUUGAUCUAACGGCGAAGAAAUAGACUUGUGCUAAAGGUUGUUCGCAUUGCAAUCGUCGAAACCGUAAAUUUGUACGGAUCUUAAGAACGAGCCGCCAAGAAUAAGAUGGUCUAAUAUCAAAGAGGAUGCUAGACAAGAGUUGUGUUAAGUACGUACGUUGCAAUUUUCUUUCUUAUUGUUAUCUGUGUGGAUUCUAUGAUAUAACCAAAGGUAGAGCAACAUUG